GCCCUUACAGCUGGCCUACUUUGGUGAGUACCAACGCCGUGUGAGCGCAUUGAUAGGUGCAGACCGCACCAAGAAGCUUGUGAACCAAGCGCUCGUUCUCAUCACCGUUGGAGGGAAUGAUUUUGUGAACAAUUACUAUCUUGUCCCUAACUCUAUAAGGUCCCAGCAGUAUGCUCUAAAAGAUUAUGUCCCCUUUCUCAUCUCUGAAUACGGAAAAAUAUUGAUGAGGCUCUAUGACCUGGGAGCUCGAAGGGUGAUUGUGACAGGAACAGGACCACUAGGUUGUGUGCCAUCAGAACUAGCGCAACGAAGCAGGAAUGGAGAGUGCGCAGCAGAACUGCAGCGCGCCGCAUCACUUUUCAACCCACAGCUUAUUCAAAUGUUACAAGGACUCAAUGGAAAACUAGGCAGAAACGUUUUCACUGCUGCAAAUACGCAACUAAUACACAACGAUUUCGUUAGCAACCCUCUGGCAUUUGGGUUUGCUAGUUCUAAGAUUGCUUGUUGUGGACAAGGACCCUAUAACGGCCUCGGCCUCUGCACAGCAUUGUCUAACUUGUGCUCAAAUAGGGAGCAGUAUGCAUUUUGGGAUGCAUUCCACCCAUCAGAAAAGGCAAACAAGCUCAUUGUCCAACAAAUCAUGGGGGGCACCACCAAGUACAUGACUCCCAUGAAUCUCAGCACACUCCUGGCCUUGGAUUCUACAGUAUAAAUUCAUGUUCUGAGAGAUUCAUCUGGUUUCUUUCACAUUUAUUUCGCUUCAACUUACUCU